UCUGGCAUCACGCGUGGCACCCCUUUUGCCACCCACCCUUACAUUCCACCAUCCGGUGCCCCUGGUUUCGCAGGCGAUCGGAUCUGGCAUAAGGGCUUCUCAGACGCACUCCAGGACGAGGAAAUGAGGAAGAAUAUCCAUGUUCUCAAUCUUGUUGGAAGGAGAGAGGGCACAUCAGUAGUUCUGAGCGAACCCAUCGCAAAUCUCGUCCGUAAUCCUUGUUUAUACUCACUCAUACACUCUUCCAGAUUCGUACCCACCUUCCAGCACUCACUCGUCUUCCACGGUAUCUCGUUGAAUACGCUGUAUUCCAUAUGUGAACCCAAAUUACCCUCGACGCCAGGUGCAACGAAAGGAGCUCUAGUUGUGAUCAAAGAUGCAAGGAAUGCGAUUUUCGGCGUGUGGAUGGGGGGUGGAUUGUGGUUGGAAAGAGGAGGGUAUUAUGGGAGUGGCAAGUCCUUCCUCUGGAGAUACCAACAGGGGACACUUGAUGUGUACAAAUGGACAGGGAGGAAUGAUUGCGUUGCGCACUGUGAGCCCGGGUUCAUU